AAUCGACCGAGGUUUAUUUAAUGCUCUACUUCCUGGGUUCUCGGAAGGAUAUCUAAUAUUCCUACUUUGAAAGUAGUGCCGGUAAGCUAAGAGAUCACCUUGAGCGGGUGGAUGUGCUAGCAGCGCAUCAGUCCUUGCCGUCUUGCAUCGAGAUAAGGACUACUUCAGCCAGCAACGCUCCCAUCAUGCCGCACAUGAAGCCUCAAGACAUGGGCUCCGCCUUCAUCCAGACGCAGCAGCUCAACGCCGCCAUGGCCGACACCUUCCUGGAGCACCUGUGCCUGCUGGACAUCGACUCGGAGCCCACCACCGCCCGCAACACGGGCAUCAUCUGCACCAUCGGACCCGCCUCCCGGUCCGUGGACAUGCUGAAGGAGAUGAUCAAAUCCGGGAUGAACAUCGCCCGCCUCAACUUCUCCCACGGAAAUCACGAGUACCACGCUCAGACCAUCAAGAACAUACGGGAGGCCACCGAGAGCUUCGAGCCGGGCAGCAUCCAGUACAGGCCCGUGGCCAUCGCCCUGGACACCAAGGGCCCAGAGAUCAGGACCGGGCUCAUCAAAGGGAGCGGCACCGCUGAAGUGGAGCUGGUGAAGGGAAACAUGAUCAAGCUCACCCUGGACGACUCCUUCAUGGAGAACUGCGACGACGAGACCCUCUGGCUGGACUACAAGAACAUCGUCAACGUCGUGCAGGUCGGAAGCAAGAUCUACAUCGACGACGGACUGAUGUCCCUGCAGGUCAAAGAGAUCGGCCCCGACUACCUGAACUGCGAGAUCGAGAACGGCGGCACCCUGGGCAGCAAGAAGGGCGUGAACCUGCCGGGCGCGGCCGUGGACCUGCCCGCCGUGUCCGAGAAGGACGUCCAGGACCUGCAGUUCGGCCUGGACCAGGGCGUGGACAUGGUGUUCGCCUCCUUCAUCCGCAAGGCCGCCGACGUGCAGGCCGUCCGCAAGGUGCUGGGCCAGAGGGGCAAGGACAUCAAGAUCAUCAGCAAGCUGGAGAACCACGAGGGCGUGCGCAGGUUCGAUGAGAUCAUGGACGCCAGCGAUGGCAUCAUGGUGGCCCGCGGGGACCUGGGCAUUGAGAUCCCCACAGAGAAAGUGUUCCUCGCACAGAAGAUGAUGAUUGGCCGCUGCAACAGGGCUGGCAAGCCAAUCACCUGUGCCACACAGAUGCUGGAGAGCAUGAUCAAGAAGCCCCGCCCCACGCGCGCCGAGGGCAGCGACGUGGCCAACGCCGUGCUGGACGGCGCCGACUGCAUCAUGCUGAGCGGGGAGACCGCCAAGGGAGACUACCCCCUGGAGGCCGUGCGGACCCAGCACAUGAUCGCCCGGGAGGCGGAAGCGGCCACCUUCCACAGGCAGCUGUUCGAGGAGCUCCGCCGCUCGACGCAGCUGACGCGCGACCCCUCCGAGGCGGCCGCCAUCGGCGCGGUGGAGGCCGCCUUUAAGUGCUGCGCCAGCGCCAUCAUCGUGAUCACCAAGACCGGCAGGUCCGCCCACCUGAUCUCCAGGUACCGGCCCCGCGCGCCCAUCAUCGCCGUGACCCGUAACGGGCAGACGGCCCGGCAGUGCCACCUGUACCGCGGCAUCUUCCCCGUGCAGUACACCAAGCCCGCCCACGACGUGUGGGCCGAGGACGUGGACCUCCGCGUCAACUUCGCCAUGGAGAUGGGCAAGGCGCGAGGGUUCUUCAAGGAGGGCGAUGUGGUCAUCGUUCUGACGGGCUGGCGCCCGGGCUCCGGAUACACCAACACCAUGCGCGUGGUCCCCGUCGUCUGAGCCACGCCUCCUGAGGACCACGCCCGCGCUGGCCCCUCUCCUCUCUCCUCCCACCCUCCUCGCCCCCCCAACGCAGUCUCUUACUGCUAGGUCACUCACUCACACGUCUGUAUAGUUUAGACAAUCUAGGCAAAGGAAACGCAAACCCCCCUGGCCUCUUCCAAAGAGCACCAGGAGGGGCGCGGCUUAACUAACCAAACAUGAUUUUCCGUUGGUCCCCCAAGUUCGUCUCAUCUAGGUGUGUUCUUCCAGCUCCCUCCCACCAGCUCCAGGGCACUUCUACACAUUGCUGGAAGCUGUAUUUAUUUAGAGGAGAACCUCCGUACCGCUAAACGAAACAGAAAGCGCUUCGGUCCAGACGUUCGUCUGUAACGGCUCCCGCUCUCGUUCGACGAAGGCGGCAGACCUUCCUAGAGUUGCUCCUGUACCUUCUACUUUUGUAGAAAAGCCACUUACAAAAAAUUGGCUCUUCUACCCAUAACAUGAACAAAUUGUGGCUUCUUAAAGGAGAGCUCCUCUUAUUGGCUGUUGCCCUUCGGUCAUUUUUGAUUCUUUUGGCUUUUUCAUUUUUUUGUUAAACGGAGCGUUGUGUGCUGUCAGUUUCUGUCUCUGUGUUGUGUUCAGUAUAACCGCUUUUGCUGUACUGCGCUGUACUUUACGUGUUGCGUUCCCUAACUGCUGUAGACACUGUGUUACACUCAUGUUACUCUGCGUUAUACUUGACUUCAGCGAAUGAUGAAUACGGUGGGCAUUCGACAUGUUAUUUUCUAAGCGAGUGAUUUAAAAAAAAAUAUGUAUAUUAAUGUUGGAUACCCAUGCUAAGUUACUAAGUCCGUGUGUGCGUUGUAAGAAGAAAGCAUUUGAAAGCCCUUAGAUUUAUUAAAAGUGUUUUUUGUUGUUGUUUUUUUUUUCUUUGGUCAAAGACCUACAUUGGCACUAAAGAACCACUGCUUUGUUGCGAGCCGCUCGACGGUUCGGUCGAGUUGAAAAUGGAAGCGGGCGAUCCAUUUGAUGUGUCGAUCCGUGACGCACUUUGCGAAGCCCAGCACUUUGAAUGGUUUUAUUAUUUUUUUUUAGAAAGGGGUUGGAGGGGGUGGGAUGACCACCGCCCCCCUCCUCAGUCCCACAGGAAGCAGGGUAGAGCCCCUCCCCUCUCCUCUCCUCUCACAUUCCUUCCCUCCCUUCUUCUCCUCGCAAACCCGCCGAUUCUCUCUCUCUCUCUCUCUCUCUCUCUCGUCCCCCUCGUCUGCUGGUGACCUAGAUCAGUGUCUGUGUGUCCCUUCCGUCACCAACGUCGCUUCUCUGAUUGUGAUGCUAGAUUUGAGAAAUCUAACGAUAUGCUAAAGGGUAAUACGAUGUUAUAAAUCUGGUGUACCGAGUUGUCCCGCACGGCUGGAAUUUCCAUCAAUAAAAGAGAUGAGCACCUGA